AAGGUUCUUUGGUUAUGUAAAUCCAUGGGGUGUGAGUGAGGUCUUCCAAGCGUAUUACGAGGAAGAUCUUCUAUAUCACACUUCCCCUUCAACUAUAGCAUGGAUCGGUUCAGUUGACCUUGCCCAGGUGGCAGCAUUAUAUUUGGCGUUGUAUUGCUACUCGUGGCACGGUACCUCCAUCUCGGACGCCUAUGUGUAUUCGGCAGAUCAUCCGAUUAGUAUCCCACUCCUUGUUUCCAAGCUAUUUGCAAAACAGAGGGCCGCUGGAAUUAUUACGUUCAAUAAGGCUGCCGAGUUACUCUGGGAAGCGCCAGCGACAUCAAGGUUCAUCUACUAUCCUGGAUCGAGACUACGAACUGCCAGUGUGAGCGAUGACGGACCCGCGGCCCACGGUAUACCCGUGCUACACUAACGUUGACGGUAAUAGUGUCUAUCGAAUAAGUAACAGAACGCUCAAGUAAUAGAAUUUGCUGGCCUUCUU